AUGCUCGUGUCACUCACUGUAGGAAAGGUAGAUGCGGGUGUCGCCGUGCUGCUGACCGAGGACAAGCGGCUGAUCGAGUUCCCUUCCAUACUCCUGCCCCCAGACAUCACCUCCGGCAGCAUCGUCGACAUCACCGUCUCGCGCAACCUGUCCUCCGAGUCCGCCGCCGCUGCCGCCUUCGCCUCGCUCCAAAACGAGAUCUACCAGACCUUCGGCCAGCGCACACCCUCCGCCCCAAUCCUCCGCUGCCGCAACGCGACCCAGACCUCCGUCGUGCUCGAAUGGGAUCCCAUCCAACUUGCGACCGCCGAGCUGCGGAGCCUAAGCCUGUACCGCAACGGCAGCAAAGCAGGCAGCAUACCGCGGCCGCUCGAGAUCACGAGCACCAAGAUCAGCGGGCUGGCCGUCGACACGGAGUACACGUUCCACCUGGUGCUGCGCACCUCAGCGGGGACCUAUACGUCGGAGAAGCUGACGGUGCGCACGCACAAGAUGACGGAGCUGUCUGGCAUCACGAUCACGCCGGGCAUCAUGCCGGGCCAGCUGCGCGAGAGCCUGCAGAAGACGGUCGAGCGCAUUGGCGCUAAGAUCAGCGAGCAGGUCCGUAUAGACACCACGCACUUUGUGUGUACGGAAGGGAGGGGGCAGAGCUGGGAGAAGGCGCUUGAGAUGAACGUUCCUGUUGUUGUGCCGGACUGGGUCAAGGGAUGCGAGAGGGAGGGCAGGAUCGUGGGAGUGAGGGGAUACUACCUCAACGCCGAUCCGCGGCUUAGACAGGUCGGACCGGGCGUCAGUGAGCAGCGACAACAGCAGCAGCAGCCACGGACGCCAGCACAGCAGAGGGUGCAGAGUCCGCCCCGGCGGAUGGAGAGUCCUAGGACGGAAAUCACGCCACCGACGCCUGAACGACCUACGCAUGCGCCGACACCGACUCCAACGACGACAAACGGCACGGACGGCGGCGAGAAGGAAGCGCCGGCGCCUCCGCCCAAGAACAGUCCACAUGAUGAAGACCCUCCAGAGCAAAAGUCGGCGGCAGAUAAUUCGAAAGCGAGGAAGCAGGACAUGAACCCCACAAGCCCACCGCCUGCGGACGACGCCAGUGAUACGUCUGAAGAGAUCGAGAAGGGAGAUCCGGAGAAGCACAUGCCUCCAGCAGACGGGAGCGGCGAGCGGGCACCGUCUCCUGGGGCUGCUUCAUUCCACGAGGUGGAACUUUGA